AUGAGUGCUUACACAGCAAGUGAGCUGGAAAAACAGUGUGUUGCUUUUCCAGCAUUCCAGGGAAAACUUAUCAAUGAGUCCUUGAGGGACCAAUUGCUAGUUACCAUCCAGAAGACGUUCACGUAUACCCGAACACAAGCACAGCACCUCUUCAUUAUCCUCAUGGAGUGCAUGAAGAAGAAGGAGCUGGUGGGCUCCCUUGAGCAAGCAAUGCUGGAUGCACUGGUGCUGGACAGAGUGGAUUUUGUGAAAUUACUCAUAGAGAAUGGAGUAAGCAUGCAUCGUUUUCUCACCAUCUCCCGGCUAGAGGAGUUGUACAAUACGAGGCACGGACCAUCCAACACUUUGUAUCAUCUAGUCAGGGAUGUCAAAAAGCCUAAAGCCCUGAAACUGUUGGGAAUGGAGGAUGAUGUCCCUUUGAGGAGAGGGAGGAAAACCACUAAGAAAAGAGAAGAAGAAGUGGAUAUUGAUUUGGAUGACCCUGAGAUCAACCAUUUCCCCUUCCCAUUUCAUGAGCUGAUGGUGUGGGCUGUGCUGAUGAAGCGUCAGAAGAUGGCCCUCUUCUUCUGGCAGCAUGGGGAGGAAGCUAUGGCUAAAGCACUGGUGGCCUGCAAACUCUGCAAAGCCAUGGCCCAUGAAGCAUCAGAAAAUGACAUGGUGGAUGACAUAUCCCAAGAGCUGAACCGUAAUUCCAGGGACUUUGGCCAGUUGGCGGUGGAGCUGCUGGAUCAGUCGUACAAGCAGGACGAGCAACUGGCAAUGAAACUGCUGACCUAUGAACUGAAGAACUGGAGCAACGCCACAUGCCUGCAGCUUGCCGUGGCGGCCAAGCACAGGGAUUUCAUUGCUCACACUUGCAGUCAAAUGCUGCUCACGGACAUGUGGAUGGGUCGUCUUCGGAUGCGAAAAAACUCUGGUCUAAAGGUAAUUCUAGGAAUUCUACUUCCUCCUUCAAUCCUCAGCUUGGAGUUCAAGAACAAAGAUGACAUGCCUUACAUGACUCAAGCCAGUGAGAUCCACCUCCAAGAGAAGGAACCAGAGGAACCUGAAAAAACAGUGAAAGAAAAAGAGGAGGAGGACAUGGAACUCACCGCAAUGCUGGGACGAGGAAAUGGAGAAUCAUCAAGAAAGAAAGAGGAAGAGGAAGUUCAGAGCAGGCACAGACUGAUCCCUGUUGGAAGAAAGAUCUACGAGUUCUACAAUGCUCCUAUUGUUAAAUUUUGGUUUUACACACUGGCAUAUAUAGGGUACUUGAUGCUGUUCAAUUAUAUAGUCUUAGUGAAGAUGGAUCGCUGGCCCUCUACACAAGAAUGGAUCGUCAUCUCCUACAUUUUCACACUGGGAAUAGAGAAGAUGAGAGAGAUAUUGAUGUCGGAACCUGGGAAACUGUUGCAGAAAGUGAAAGUCUGGCUCCAGGAGUACUGGAAUGUCACCGAUCUCAUAGCGAUUCUCCUCUUCUCCGUGGGGAUGGUGCUCCGUCUGCAAGACCUGCCUCUCCGGAGCGAUGGACGAGUGAUAUACUGUGUUAACAUCAUCUACUGGUAUAUACGGUUGCUAGACAUCUUUGGAGUAAACAAGUACUUGGGACCAUAUGUCAUGAUGAUUGGGAAAAUGAUGAUAGACAUGAUGUAUUUUGUCAUCAUCAUGUUGGUGGUUCUGAUGAGCUUUGGUGUUGCGAGACAGGCUAUUCUCUUCCCCAAUGAGGAGCCUUCGUGGAAGCUGGCAAAAAACAUUUUUUACAUGCCUUAUUGGAUGAUCUAUGGCGAAGUGUUUGCAGACCAGAUAGACCCUCCUUGUGGUCAAAAUGAAACCAGAGAAGAUGGCAAAAUAAUCCAGCUUCCCCCUUGCAAGACAGGAGCAUGGAUCGUUCCUGCCAUCAUGGCCUGUUACCUCUUGGUUGCAAACAUCCUUUUGGUGAACCUCCUCAUUGCUGUUUUUAACAAUACAUUUUUUGAAGUCAAAUCCAUAUCUAACCAAGUAUGGAAGUUUCAAAGGUAUCAACUAAUCAUGACAUUUCACGAAAGACCGGUUCUCCCACCGCCUCUGAUCAUUUUCAGUCAUAUGACUAUGAUAUUCCAACACCUCUGCUGCAGAUGGCGGAAACAUGAAAGCGACCCAGAUGAGAGAGACUACGGAUUAAAACUUUUCAUAACUGAGGAUGAACUGAAAAAAGUCCAUGAUUUUGAAGAGCAGUGCAUAGAAGAAUAUUUUAGAGAAAAGGACGACAGAUUCAAUUCCUCAAACGAUGAAAGAAUUCGUGUCACUUCAGAAAGGGUAGAGAACAUGGCCAUGCGACUGGAAGAAGUAAAUGAGCGCGAGCACUGCAUGAAGGCAUCUCUCCAAACCGUUGACAUCAGGCUUGCUCAGCUGGAGGAUAUGAUAGGAAGAAUGGCAACAGCCUUGGAAAAACUGACGGGUAUAGAGAGAAGUGAGACAACCAAGAUACGAUCUAGGACCUCCUCUGACUGUACUGAUAUGGCCUACAUCAUAAGGCAGAGUAGCUUCAAUAGUCAGGAAGGAAAUACUUACAAGCUCCAGGAGAGCAUAGAUCCCACCGGCGAGGAGUCCAUGUCCCCAACAUCACCUACAAUCACACCCCGCUUGCGAAGCCACUCUUUCUAUGCAACAAAUAUGAAGGAGAAGUGUGGACUGGAAAAGUUUGAAAGCAUUUUUAAGGAAAGAUCUACGAGCCUGCACCGUGCUAGCAGUUCCCACUCCAUAGCAAAAGAAGCGAAGGUUCCCUUAGCCCCUACCAGCACUUUGUCAAUUGCUCCAGACUCCAGAAGGCCUUCAUCUUGUAUAGACAUCUACGUUUCUGCCAUGGAUGAGAUGCAGUCUGAAAUAGAGCCCCUUGACAGCUCCGUAAACAUUCUUGGUACUGGAGACAUGGCUCUACAGGCACACAUAGCGUCUUCCAUCUUAGCUAAUAGUACAUACAUUAGCAGUACACCAGCUGAAAGAAUCUCUGGCAGGAGUCUUGAUUAUGAGGAAACCUCUGGAAUAGAAACAAGAGCGUUUUCUUCCAACUAUUCACAAAUCACAGACUGCCAAAUCCCCUGGGAUUCAGACCCUCCCUUGUAUCACACCUUAGAGAGAUCUAAAAGCAGUCGUUUUCUGGCUACAACCCCAUUUAUUCUGGAGGAAACACCAAUUGUGAAAUCUCACAGUUUUAUGUUCUCUCCAUCUCGAAGCUACUUCAGCAGCCUUGGUGUCCCAGUGAAAACAGCAGAGUACACAAGUAUAACAGAUUGCAUAGACACAAGGUGUGUGAGCGCUCCCCAGACCAUUGCUGAGAGGGCCAGUUUCCCUGGCAGUCUUGGAGGCAAGGUGGAAGAUUUGGGAAGCUGCCACCCAGAGAGAGAAGCAGAAUUAAGUCACCCAAGCUCUGAUCAUGAGGACGUGGAGGCCAAAGACAAGAAAGGGACCCCUUUGUCUCCUCAAGAAGGCAAUGCUGCAAGAACUCUCACCAACAGCAUCCCACUUCCAAAAAUUGAGCGGGCGAACAGCUACUCUGCGGACGAGUCCAAUAUGUUAUAUGCACAGCACACACGGAAAAGCUACUCUAUCAGUGACAAACUGGACAGACAGCGAAACACAACGGGCCUGCGAAACCCCUUCCAGAGGAGUAAGUCCUCAAGGCCAGAGAGCAGAGGUGACAACCUCUCUAUGAGGAGACUGUCGAGAACGGGAGCUUUCCGCAGCUUUGAGAGCAAGCACAGCUAGGCCCAGACCAAGCUCACAGGCAGUCUAGAGGUCAUUGGUCAUCUGCUCUCCAAUCCAUUUUCCUUAGAAGAAUUAAAUAACCCCACGUCAUCACAUGUCAACUCCAGCUGGUAUUAGCCACCGGUCAAGGGACCACAUUGUCAGUCUCAGUAUUAGUCACUGAGUUACUGCAUCUUGACCCAGUUGACAUUUGCACUUAUGGAAAAAGGGAGGGAGGAAACUUUAUAACGACUUCAGUAAACAACAGGAAUAACAACCCUCCUUA